AUGGAUCAACGUCUCAUCACACACGUCCUAGACGAUGCUAAGGCGCAAGAGCCUGAUCGCGUCUGGGCUUCGUACGCCAUCAGCAAGGACAUUGCCAAAGAUGGAUUUCGAGACAUCACCAUCGCUCAGCUCGCAAAAGCGGUUGACCGCCUGGCAUGGCACAUUGACUCCGCCAUCGGCAAGAGCACCAUUUUCGAGACGAUUGUCUACUUUGGCCUCCCUGACGUUAGGUACGCGAUGAUUCUCAUGGCAGUUGCAAAGACGGGCCACAAGGUUCUCAACUGCUCGCACUUCAACAGCCUGGUCUUCAACCUGAGUCUCUGUGAGAAGAUGGACUGCAGUACGCUUCUCCACACCGAGGGGGUCGAUGCCAUGAUCGACCCUCUGUUGCAGGCAAGGCCCAUGAGGGAGGUCUUGCUGCCGACUCUGGACAGUCUUUUCGACGAUAACGCCGAACCUCCACAGCCGUACCCUUACAACAGGUCCUUUGCGGAAGGAAUCGAUGACCCAAUCUCUGUGGGCCACACUUCUGGAACCACAGGUCUCCCGAAGCCCGUUGUGUGGACGCAGAGGUCGUUCGCCGUCAUCAGCGUCUGGAAAUCCAUCCCCGAUCUCGACGGCAGGCCAUCCGUCGAAAAACUCUUUCGUGAAUCUCAUCGGUGCUACCAGACCAUGCCAAUCUAUCACCCAUUUGGCUUAUUGUGCUCCAUUGUCGAGCCGCUCCAUCGCGGCAAGAUCCUCGUGAUGGGCCCCAACUCACUAGGGCCCAUAAUGCCGCCCACGCUCGAACAGAUGUUCGAGCACGCCGACUUUGACAGCUUGGCUGGCGUCCCAAUCUACCUGGAGAUGAUCGCAAAGUCCCCCAAAAUGCUGGCAGCCGUCGGAGAAAAGCUCAAGUUCAUAUACUUCGCCGGCGGCGCCCUCAGCCCGUCCACCGGAAAUGCAUUAUCUGCGCAAGUCAGGCUCCACAGCCUGUACGGGACGACGGAGGCUGGUUCCGCGUUUGGUCACGUUUCAGACCGCGAAGACUGGGAGUGGCUGUGUCUCAAUGAAGAAGAGAGCGGGCUUAGAUGGGAGCCGUACAUGGUUCAGGAGGGCGACGACGUCUUUGAACUGUCGUUCGUCAGGACUCCCAAGUCGGAGACCUUCCAGCACGUGUUUUGGCACACCGACUGCGGCGACGCGUUCCAGACCAACGACCUCUUCAUCAAACACCCAACCAAAAAGCAUCACUGGAGGUUCUACUCGCGCAAAGACGACAUGGUCGUUACCAAGUUUGGAUGGAACGUCAACCCCGUAAUCGUGGAGAGAACGAUUGCGCAGCAUCCGGCCGUCAAGCACGUUGUGGUCGGGGGCACGGGUAGACGGAACAUCUGUGCCGUCGUUGAUCUUGUCGACCGCGACGCCGCUCCGACUGAUGAGGUACUUCAGAAUAUCUGGCCCUUGGUAGAAAAGUCCAACGCCAUCAUGGAUAAGACCGGUCAGCUGGCAAAGGACAGGAUGCUAUUUAGUAACAAGGACAAGCCAUUUCCCCUUGCUGGCAAAGGCAACGUCCAGAGGGUGGCCGUUCUCAAGCUGUACGAGAAGGAGAUCGAAGACAUGUAUGUGCGUGUGGGAGAUGACUAA